CAGCAACAACUAGGCGCUGAACUGAAAUGUGACAGUAACGUUACAUGUCGCUGGGUCAGAACUGUUUUGGAGACGCUAACGGUAUGCUAUUAAUUCAUGAACAAUGUCCGAAGCUGCUGUUGAGGAAGUUUCCGUUUUGUCGUCCAUUUACUGCGGAGAAGGAGAGUUCCUGCUCGUCCAGCAGUCCGCCCAGGAUGGGCUUGUGGUCCAAAUCAACAGCACUGUUGGAGGAGAAAGCGGACUGGACAUCAGUCUGUUGUUCCAUUUGCACCCCCGCUACCCUUCCUGUCCCCCCGACAUCUCCGUCUCUUCCACUGCUCUUUCUAGGACUCAGUGUCACGACAUCAGACAGAAGCUGCUGGAUCAAGCUGCAGCCUCACCGCCAGAACCAAUGGUUCAUCAGCUAGUGGAGUGGUUACAGUGUGUACAGAUGAGAAAUGAGUUCAGAAGAGGUGAGGAGGAGGUGAAAGAGAGAGAAAAAGAGGAGGAGUGGACUGCAGUGCUGUCGUUAGACCACAUCCGAUCUCGAAAUCGUUACAUCGGACUGCUGGAGUGCUGGACCCAGCAGCUGCAGCUCACUGGGAGAUUAUUACUGGGACCAAGUAUACUGGUUAUUCUGCAGGGAGCCAGACCCAACAUCAAGGAGUUUUGUCGCCUUUUAAAGACCGUGAAGGUGGAUGUGGAUUCUUCAGGCAAGAAAUGCAAAGAGAGGAUGAUGAAGGUUCUCAUUGAAACCCUUUCAUCUUCCUCCUGUGGACACGGUCUCCAGGGUUUUGUAGUGAAAAACUGCCAGUCAUUACCCGAGCUGACCGCAGCCUUCCAGGAAAUCAACAUGACUGAGCUUUACCAGCAGAUACUGCCAUCAUUAAGUGACUGGCAACACACAGGAUACCACCGUGACCACAGAGACUAAACCUAGUUAGGAGGUGAAGAAUCAGUCUGUGUCAGUGGGUCUCUGGCUGACGCAAAGAAACUGUUGUUGUGAUGAGAGGUUUUGGUCCUGAUGGAUUGCAGCCCCCUUCCGGAGGGGAGUGUGUGAAACACUUUGUGUCCAGGGUGGGAGGGAUCAGCCACAAUCGCCCUCUCUGCAGAGCAAAUGGUAUGCUGGUUUAGAGCCACUGGUCCAGGUGAAACAUGAGGCCCUUCAGGGGAUGUUGAUGUUCAUGCAGCUCCAGUACAGCAUGGGGGCAUUGAUUCAGCAAGAUCCAGCAUAUUUUAAAAUGCAGCAACGGGCCAUCUACACAUGCCACCUAGAGAGGGGGAGAGAGAGAUGUAGUUCUAUACAGUCUCAGUCAAAAAGCUAUUUACUACUGCAGUUUUUUUAUAGGCCUACAUAAUAACACACACCUCUCUGUGUCAAAGGUUACUGGCAAUCACACCUUUCUUUUAGCUACCGGUAGAGAAGGUUAGUUGACAGUUGAAAAUUAGCAUGCUUGCUAGGUAGAUAGGGACAGAUUAAAUGUCACUGCCAGUAACUAGCUAGCCACACACAAGCACAUUUAGCACAACUGUCAAAUCACGUUUUUCUUAUCAAACUAUUUGUAGGUACAGUACCCACCUACUUUAAACAAGUAGCAAAAACAUUACAUUAUGGUCAAUAAAUGACAACAAAUAUUGAUCUUUCAUCUAGCUACCUUUUGAAUAAAUGCUACCUAGCCAACAGUAACACGAAAUUGCCUUUCAAACGAGACUGCCUUCUUGGUCCUCGUUUCCCAGAGUUGCUUGGCCUAUCAAAGUUAACAUUUAUCUGUGAUCCUAAACUUAUGAGAUGUAAUCUGUACCUCUGGUCUGACAUGGCUUGUUUUUCUUGUAGAACAGGCUGAGCGCUGAUCUUUGUCCACAAUGUCUUGCAGUUUGUAGCUAGCUAGGUGCUCUAUGCAGACCACGUUUUUCCAGCACCCUGUUUUUUGUGAUGGGGUUUCACCAGACUCAAGUAAAACAUUUCAUGUAGAAUUAUAUGGUUAUAAUUGCAGGAUAUUAUACCUAUUAGAAAUGUAAUUUUCAAGACUGUAAUAAUAUUAUUAUGUUUCUGUUCAUCAGCUAUACCUUUAGCCUUUUUAGCAGCACUUAUAAUCUUUUUUUUCCAGUUUAUCAUCGUAUAACAUAAAAAAAUAUGGUCAUGUCACUUGACUCCUGUCAACCAGAGACCACGUGGGGCUGCAAUUAACAUGGUUUUGAACCACAAAGUCACACUCACAGUCGAUGACGGAUAUUCAUUCAUAUGUAAUUGUAUUUAUUUACACCCCCCCAUCCUGUUUGAAGAGGGAAUAACAUCAGUUUCAGAAAAGUCAGAGGCUCUCUAAAUGUUAAUUCACUGUGACUUAAUAAUACAAUGAAUGAAUUAAGUUUUAUUAUUGUGUCGUGUGUACGAUUACACCCAGCCUCCAUUGGCUUACAAGACACCAAAAUUAAUAUACAAAAAAUUACUAAUGUACAGAUUUGAUUUCAAAGUGAUAUAAAACAAUUAGAUCAUGGGAUUGGGAAUGUUUUAUAAUAGAAUCUGAACAAAGCACUAGAAAUUUGUCAUAAAUAUACAGAAUGAAGUAUUCAGCACUAAUUGCCAGGAGAAGAGCCUGGAAAAUGUGCAACAUAUAUCCAAAUGCAACCCGUAUUGGCAAAAUGGAAGUGAAUGCAAAUGGCAACUUGCUCACAAAACAUGCAAACAGUUCAAUGCUGUUCAGGACUUGAAAAAGGACUGAAGCAACUCAUUUGAGACCAAAGGGUGGCCUACUCCUCAUUAGUCAGACUGGAUACUCUGAACUGGGUUGUCUCCAUGUGCAAUGUCCCCUAGCCACUUAGGGGCAUAACAGAGCCAUUUUUACACUGUCACAGCAAAGACAAGACAAGACAGACACCUCCUUUUUCUCUGCUUUCUGUUGUUUUGUUAAGGCAUCCAAGGAAUAAAAAAGAAACAGAGUUAGAACUGCACAUUUUGUAUGGAGUGUAUCAGUUGCAGAGAACUGUUUGAACUAAUUAUCUCUGUUGUAGUAUUCUGUUUAUUUUGACAGAAUUUAUAAUUUAUUCCCCUAAGUUCAUGCAUUUAACUACAUUUUAAAUAUAUGUUUUGAUCUCAUAUUUGCAAUAUAUGAAUAUAUUAAAUAUUAGAAGGUAUUCCCACUAAAACAUAUCCCUUAGCAAAGCGGAGGCAGGUGGAAUGAAGCCUUGUUGCUGAAACCAGCAACCUAUGCUAGCACCAGCCACUCAAAGAGUGUCCUUAAAGGUUCAGUGUGUAAGUUUUAGUGGCAUGUAGUAGUGAGGACUGCGAAUUGCAUCCUGUAGCUCACUGUGCAUUUAUGUGCUCCUCGGAUGGUCCCAUUUCAAGAGUUCUGAAGUCGUUCUUCUGACAUCAGUGUGUGUUCAUGUGCUUUUAAGUUGGAAUGUGAAAUCAACAUGGGCGCUACUUCAAAGAUGUGUUGGAUUAGCAUUAUCAGAGCAUAUAAACAACAUGCAGACAUAUUGUUCACUCUGCAUGGUCAGCAAACUAACAGUUAAUACAAAUUAAAAAUAUGUAUAUGCAAUAAGUAAUUUUGUACGAAUCAAAGUUCUCUAUUUCUGUACUUUAUGUCCCAUGUACACUUUAUUUCUCUUUUUGCAAUAAAGAUUUAAGGGGUAAAA